AUGGGAAAUGCAUCCAAUGCCUCGGUGUUCACCUCCACCUUAUCAGAAAGAGAAGACCUGAUUUUUGGCACACUCUAUUUAGUCUUUGGCAUCAUGUCCCUCUCUGGGAACUCACUGCUCCUGCUGGUGGCCUAUCAGAAGAGGUCCAUUCUGAAGCCUGCAGAGUUCUUCAUUGUCAACCUGGCCAUCAGUGACCUGAGCAUGACGGUGACACUCUUCCCCUUGGCCACCUCCUCCUUCUUUGCACACAGGUGGCUCUUCACCCAGACCGUCUGCACCUUCUAUGCCUUCUGCGGGGUCCUGUUCGGGCUGUGCAGCCUCACCAGCCUGACAGUGCUCAGCACGGUUUGCUGCCUGAAGGUCUGUUACCCAGCAUAUGGCAACAAGUUCUCCCCCUGGCACGCUGGGAUGCUGCUGCUGUGCGUCUGGGUGUACGCCCUGGUGUUUGCCACGGCGCCCCUGGCCGAGUGGGGCAGCUACGGCCCCGAGCCCUACGGCACAGCCUGCUGCAUCACCUGGAAAACCUCCAGCAGGGAGGCCACGCUCUACAUCCUCGCCCUCUUCAUCUUCUGCUACCUUCUCCCCUGCCUCCUCAUCCUCGCCUCCUACUCGCUGAUCCUCUGGACGGUGCGGGUGUCCCAGCGCGCCGUGCGGCAGCACACGUCCCCCCCGCGCGGGGCCCGCGGUGGGCACAGCCUGCUCCUGAAGCUGAGUGUUGCUGUGUGCCUGGGCUUUCUGGCAGCCUGGACCCCUUAUGCCAUCGUUGCCCUGUGGACAGUCCUUGGUGAUGCCAGCCAGGUCCCUGCACUGGCCUUCGUCCUGUCAGCUGUCUUUGCCAAGUCCUCAACUCUCUACAACCCCCUGGUGUACCUGCUCUUCAAGCCCAACUUCCAGAAGUUCCUCUCCAAGGACGUGGUGCUCCUCCAGGCCAUCCGCACCCUGCUCUGCUGCGGCUGCCCAAGCGCUGCGCUCCAGCCCUUCCCGUCCCCGGGCUUUGGUGACCACCCUGGGGCUUGCAGAAGCUGCAACGACACUUUUGAAUGUUUCAGUAACUACCCCAAGCACUACAAACUGCCCCAGGCACCCAGCAGCUCACCCCAGGGCCUUCCCCUGGCUAUCCUGGCUGACAAAGCUGCUUGCCAGCCGGGACUGAAGAAGACAGUGCAGGUGAUGGUGCUUGUCACACAGAGAAGGUCAGGCCUGGGCACUUCACAUGUGGCAGGGGAAGCCCUGCCCUCGACUAUCAUGACAGACCUUCUCUGAGCCCAGCCAUGCAUGGCUGUGUCCUACCAGUGCAAUGGAAGACAAACCCAGGAGCAGCUUUGUUCUCAUCUAUGUAUCUGAUGGGUUCCCAGCAUGUUCUGCAGAUGAAACGGCACAAAAGUUUAAGGCCAACCUUGCCCCUCCCUCUGGUUUGGCUCUUGUAACUCUGAUCCCAGUCUUGGCACUUGCAAAAAAAAAAAAAAUAGACCCCAGUGCCUGAAAUCUGC